AGACUUCAGAUCAAAGACGUGUGUUUGUGUCCUAUUUAUAAGUCGGUCGAAAGCACAUGGUUCCUGGUUCACAAGUUCCUGUGUUACAACGUCCUUUGUACUGCCGUAUCAAGUUACCGUAUCGCUGGGUACGCUUCAGCACGAUAAGUAAAUACUGACACAGUGACGCCCGCCAUACACCUGUUGUAGAUCCCUCUGAAGGCACAGAGCCAUGGAUAUCAGCUGUACAUCACAUCCGGGAACAGCUUUGAAUGUGGUCUGUCAUGGCUGCAAUCGCGUCAUCUGCAAGAUAUGUGUGCAGGAGCACCCCGCAUGCUCAAAUCCUAUCCAAGAGGACAGAUUUGCAAAGUUGUCAACCUCCUCCUUAGCCAAGUGCAUUGCGGUACUUGUCACGCAGAUCCAAAAUCUCGUACCACGUGUUGAUGAUGUAAUCCAGCAGCGGAAACAAGAAGAGGAAUUAUUUCUGAUGUCAAGCAAACAGACGUCUCAAAGUAUCGAGGGCAUUGAAAUUUUGUUCGAAUCUGCAACAAAGAAAAUGAAAGACACGCUCCAGAAACUGAAAAGAGAUGUCUCCAGCAGGUCAGCUCAUACGUGCUCUCAACAUGCAUUGCAACUAAAAAAAGAAAUGGAUAAUGAUAUUAUGCGUUUCACACAACUGUCAAAUUGUCCCGAGAAAUGUAGUAUAGAGAGUCUUCUGAAGCAAUACGAAACAUUACGAAAAAAUUAUCAUAAAUAUGAGGCAUCUCUGCCCGAGCUUCUUUUUGCAGAGGAAUGCAACGCAUUGCACCUCGUAGCAAGAAAAGAGUUUGUCUCAAUGUGCCGUUCACUCGUGGAAUGUGACCCAGACUCUCUCAAUAUAACAUCUCUCAAGGGAAUUGCAACAGAAGAGUUGAAACUCAAUGAUAGCAAGAAUCACAUCUGCUUCGGAAUUCAAGUUGCAGAACUCGAAAAUACGAAUAUAGUCCCGUUUUGCAAGAUUCACGCUAAAUCUGGAAAUUCAUGGAAACAUGAAUCGUGUUCCUUCAGUGAUGUGGUUUUGAUAUCUAACACAGUACUCGUAGUUGAUCGACAAAGGUUAAAGGUAAAGAGAUUCAAUCUAGCCCAGGAAAUGAUUGACUGGGUUCGCAUUACUGGUCCCCAUGGUCUGACCGCUCUACAACAAACUGAUGACGUCAUAGUUACCCAACCUAACGACAAGUCGCUCACACGUUUGAGUACCAAUACCGGUCUAAAAAUCAUCAGGACAGUACGUGUAGAAUUUUCAUACUAUGUCAUUAGAGAGGUUGACGAAACGCGCUUGGUUGCAUCAACUAUCGCCGCACCUGCAGAUAUAAUUUCUGUGACUUCUGACGAAGACAAAUCCGCCCUCGCCAUGAACACAAGUAUCCAUCUGAUACAACAUGACGGUCAGCUGUUACAAGUUUUGAGUCUGGUGGAUUCAGACUAUGAAAAAUUACAUGGCACUAAACUGUUUCCUGAUUUUGAGUCUUUCACUAUUCCUGCAGACGAUCGGAUUGUCUCACGACUCACAGACAUGGCAGGUAAUAACUUUGUCGCGUCUUUUACACUGGAUGGGAAACCAUUGUGGUUAUAUCAGACACCCGGAACAGCUCGUGGUCUUACCAGUAAAGCAGGUCUGUUAUAUUCUUACAUAGGUGAUGCUGAAAGACAGCUUACGGUGUUGACGUCGAACGGAAAGCCCGUCAAGACGGCCAGUCUUGGGGACUAUAAUGGCAGGGGGAACAUCCUACAUGCAGGCGAGAGGGGGAUAGCGUUGGUGGACUUUUCCAAUAUCAUUCGAAUAUUUCCUUAUCCCUGACAUCUAAAUGUACACCCACGCAAAAUUGCAUCGGAAAAGGAGCUUUUAGUACAAAAAGUUGAAAAAGAUGAUUUAUAACGAGCAGAAACAAAUGAAUUAUUGUAGUGGACUUUGACUUAACAAGAGAAAAAUAUCGAGUUUCCAAAACAAUGUGUAGCUAGUUCCAUCUAUAUGUAUAUGAUAUAUAGUUUUGCUAGAUUUAGAGAUAAUUGUUAUUUUGAUUUCUCAAUGCCUAGAUAUAUAACGUGAAACCAUAGUGACAUUGAAUUUUAAUGUUCUGAUGGUGUUACUCUCUUUCAGGACCGAUAUUUAUACAAUCACUAAUGAAAAUUCAAUAUCACGU